GAAUAAUAUUCCUAAUUAGUUAAGUUUGGUUGCUUAGUUGAUGAAAAAAGGAGGUAGCUUUAUAUUCACCGCCCCCCUCGGGACAGAUUGGUUAUUGUUUGACAUGGACGGAGAGAGAAGCAGAAUGGUGAAGGAAAGGAGGGGAUCUGAUAUUUCCUUUUCGCGUUGAAUUCCGAAUUCCAAAUAGCUCUUUAUCCUGAAAGAGAGAAAGCAAGUUAAAAGCAAGCAGGGUAGCUACUACUAGGGUAUUGCUUUGUUGAUUUUUGUUUGUGUUUGUAAAAAGCUUUGUUUUGAUUGUUUUGCCAACCCAUCCUCCACCCUUGAAAAUGUGAAUUUGUCUAUAUUGAAAGUGUUCUUAUCUUAUCUCGCCACACACUAAUUUCGUUUUCUCCCUCUCCAAGUGUAAGUUUCACACACAUUCGUCUCUUUUUUCUCCUCUCCCAUAAAGUCAAGCAAGUACCCCCCGCAGAAAGGCAACCCCUCCCUCUCAUCAGAUUCAUAUUCAUUCUCCUCCCCUUCUCUCUUCUCAUUUCUCACUCACCCUUCAUUCAAUUCAAUCCAACCCAAAUCCAAGAAUCUUCUCUAUAUUUUUUUUCUUCUUCUUUUUCGCUGGAGCCUCACCAACAGUACACCAUUCAAUUCUUUCCAGCCGUGAAAUGAGAGCCGGACUAAGCACCAUCCAGCAAACCCUAACGCCCGAGGCGGCGAGCGUUCUCAACCACUCAAUCGCGGAGGCCGGCCGGCGAAACCACGGCCAAACCACUCCGCUCCACGUGGCGGCGACCCUCCUCGCCUCUCCCUCGGGCUUCCUCCGCCAAGCCUGCAUAAAAUCUCACCCCAAUUCCUCUCACCCUCUUCAGUGCAGAGCCUUGGAGCUAUGCUUCAGCGUGGCGCUGGAGCGGUUGCCUACUUCUCAGAACACGGGCUCUUCCAUGGAGCCGCCAAUCUCCAAUGCCUUGAUGGCGGCCCUGAAGCGGGCCCAGGCCCACCAGCGCCGAGGCUACCCGGAGCAACAGCAGCAGCCACUCCUUGCCGUGAAAGUCGAACUCGAACAGUUAAUCAUAUCCAUCCUCGACGAUCCCAGCGUGAGCAGGGUCAUGAGAGAAGCCAGUUUUUCAAGCCCCGCCGUUAAAGCCACCAUCGAACAGUCCCUCAACGCCGUCCCCGCCACCGUUAAUUCCGGAUUGGGAUUCCGGCCAAGCGCGGUGGCUCCGGUGAAUUCCGCCCCGGGGCGGAAUUUAUAUCUGAACCCGCGGCUACAACAGCAGGGGAGUGCUGCACAGCACAGGGGCGAUGAAGUGAAACGAAUUUUGGAUAUUUUGCAUAGGACGAAGAAGAGGAACCCGAUCUUGGUCGGGGAAUCGGAGCCCGAGGCCGCGAUCAAAGAAGUGAUAAAAAAAAUUGAGAACAAGGAAUUGGGAGAAGGGGGUUUCGCGAAUGCUCACGUGAUUCAUUUGGAGAAGGAGCUUCCGAGUGACAAGGCGCAGAUACCCGCGAGGCUGCAGGAGUUGGGGGAUUUGAUUGAGAGCAGGAUUGGGAAUUCUGGGUGUGGAGGGGUUUUCGUUGACUUGGGUGACUUGAAGUGGCUGGUGGAGCAGCCUGUGGGGUUCGGCGUUGGCGGUGGUUUGGGAAACAUGCAGCAACUGACCCUCGCGGAGGCGGGCAGGGCGGCGGUAGCCGAGAUAGGGAGGUUGGUGAGCAAGUUCGGUGAGGGUGGCGCUGGGAGGCUUUGGUUGUUAGGUACUGCUACUUGUGAGACUUACUUGAGGUGUCAGGUUUAUCAUCCUACCAUGGAAAAUGAUUGGGAUCUUCAGGCAGUGCCAAUUACCUCCAGAGCACCUCUCCCUGGAAUCUUUCCCAGGCUUGGGACCAAUGGUAUUCUUGGUACUUCGCUCGAGUCUUUGUUGCCGUUAAAGACCUUGUCCACUACAACAAUCCCUUCACUGAGGCGUGCUUCUGAGAACAUAGAUCCUUCUGCAGUAUCAAUUUGUUGCCCACAAUGUAUGCAGAGCUGCGAGCAAGAAGUAGCAGAAAUGUUGGAAGAAACUAAGAAAUCAGAUACUGAGCUCAAAUCAGAGGCAGCUAAACCGUCCCUUCCACAGUGGUUACAGAAUGCUAAAACUAAUAAUGAUAACGGCAAAGUAAUGGAUCAGGCUCAGAACCAAGAAGUGAAUGUGAAGAAGAGGACUAAAGAAAUACAGAAGAAAUGGCACGAUUCCUGUUUGAGUUUGCAUCCUAAAUUUCAUCAGCUAAAUGUGAGCACAGAGACACUUGUUCCAACUCCUUUGUCAAUGACUGGCCUAUACAAUAUGAAUUUACUGGGGCGCCAAUUCCAACCCAAGAUACUGCGGAAUAAAAAUCUCGGAACCUCUUUGCAAUUGAGCUCAAAUCCAACGCCAAUCCACCCACCAGAGCAUGCGGUGAGCCCAAAGCAAAUGCCUGUAACAACCGACCUGGUCCUUGGGCAAACAAAGCCAGCUGAUGCCGUUCCAGAAGAAACACAUAAAGAAGGCAUUAAUGACUUCUUGAGCUGCCUCUCUUCCGAGUCACAAGACAAGUUCGAUGAAUUACAGAGCAAAAAGCUGAUUGAUGCGGACUCUUUCAAGAAGCUCUUGAAAGGCCUGACAGAAAAGGUGUGGUGGCAGCAGGAUGCAGCAUCAGCAGUGGCCAGCACAGUAACACAAUGCAAACUGGGUAAUGGAAAAAGACGCUCCAAGGGUGACACGUGGUUACUGUUCGUGGGUCCUGACAGAAUUGGCAAGAAGAAAAUGGCAGCAGCUCUUUCUGAGCUGGCAUCUGGGUCCAACCCAAUAAUAAUACCCCUGGCGCAACGCCGUGGGGAUGCAGGAGACUCUGAUGCCCCUCAUCUCCGUGGAAAAACAGCACUUGAUCGAAUAGCAGAGGCCAUAAGAAGGAACCCACUUUCUGUCAUUGUGCUUGAGGACAUUGAUGAAGCCAACAUCCUUCUUCGUGGGAGCAUAAGAAGAGCCAUGGAACAAGGCCGGUUCCCGGAUUCCCACGGCCGUGAAAUCAGUCUUGGAAAUGUCAUGUUUAUCCUCACUGCUAAUUGGUUGCCGGAGGACUUCAGGUGCCUCUCAAACGAGUCUCUACUGGAUGAAGAAAAGCUUGAAAAUUUAGCCAAAGGAGGGUGGCAAUUACGCAUAUCAGCAGGUAAGAGAGCAUCAAAACGAAGACCUAGUUGGCUAUCCGAUGAAGACAGGUCCUUGAAGCCUCGUAAAGAGGUGAACUCAGGUGUAUCGUUUGAUCUUAACGAAGCUGCUGCUGAUGCAGCAGAGGACGACAGGGGAGAUGGUUCCCUCAAUUCAAGUGACUUCACAGUGGAACAUGAAGACAACUAUCAUGAUGUAGGAGGGUCACUCUCAGCAGUACCACGUGAGCUGUUGGAUUCUGUGGACGAUGCCAUUGUCUUCAAGCCCUUGAAUUUCGAUCUCCUUCGCCGGAAUUUCUCGUCAUCCAUCGCAAAGAGGUUCUCCUCGGUGGUCGGGAAUGGGGUGUCAAUUGAAGUGCAGGGAGAGGCUCUUGACAAGAUCACCAGUGGAGUGUGGUUAGGCCAAACCACCAUUGAUGAGUGGAUGGACAAAGUGUUGGUUCCUUGUUUCCACCAACUGAAAAAGAAUUUGAAUUCAAGCACCCAUGACCAUGACUCUUCCAUGCUGUUUAGGCUCGAAGAUGAUGGCUACUCCGAUCGCCGGGGCUCCCAAGAGUGGCUACCUGCUACUGUGAGAGUGGUGGGAGAAUAGUAUAUUAUUCAAACAGUGGUGGUGAAUGGUGAUAUCCGUUUUUGUUGGUGGUAGAAAUGUAAAUAGAACACUUUGGCAUGGAAAAGUCAAAGGCGCGUAGUAGAACCAAGGAAAAACCGUUACAAGGCUCUUGGGGGUGUCAAUUUUUUUUCUCUUUAGAAAAAGAUUAACUAAUUUUUGUGUUAUAAACUUUAUAUUGUUUUCUUUUUUUCCCCUUUUGUAAGAAUAGGUAUAUUUAAUUAAACUGAGAAUGAUCAUUAUAUUAAUAAAAGGGAGCAUUAUUUCCUA